AUGACGGACUAUUCAGAGUCUGUAGUACCACCUGGAUUCUACGCUGGAUCCUCGCAGCCCUCCUCACCGACUCUGCAAACCCACGACCUACCCACGACCUCACACCAGCCAAUAGUAACCAAACCACUCCCAAAGGCAUCAUCUGGCAGAUUCUCGAGGUCUGCAAGACGUUAUUUACCUACAAGGGAGGCUAUCUCAGAGGAAGACAUGCCACCAGAGUCAGAGCAGGACAACGAAUAUGACUCAGAGCGGAAUAUACCUUACGGAGCGCUCAUAGACUAUCAGAUUGCGCUUAUAAUGGACCAUCCCACAAUGGAGAAAGAACGAGCAGUGUCACUUGACUACGAAGUAGCCAAACUUAUCAACCGCCUGUGGAAUAUUGGAGUCGGUUCACUGUCUAUAUACACAACCCAAGGCCUCCAGGAUCGAAUUAGCCAUCAUGUGGAUAACUGGUCUGUCUUCCGGACAUCAACCAAUUCGAAUAUGAUUUCCCUGAAGAAGACGAUUUCCAAUGCCCUUGAUCACUACGUCACAACGUUGGAGACAGCCCUGGAAAUCGUCAACUCUUCUGACAUUAAAUUCAAGCCACUCCUGGUCCUAGCUCUUGCAGAUGUAGACCCAAUAGGCUCAUCAACGGAAUUGGAUAACUUUUUCACGCCUUUAAGCCAAAAGCUCGAACGUAUACGAACGAAGCUUCCAAAGCUGGAUACAAUUGCUCCUCAGAUAAGGAUAAAAUUCGUGCCUCUGAAAGAUACCAUCCGCGGCAACGAUGCAUUGUCCAAGCUUAGCGAAGCUCUUAAAGGCGACGCGUUGGAGCGCGUCGUUUCGGUCAGUCCGAUACCAGAAGGAGUGGAGUACUCCGAGUUUCUGGAGGAAUGCAUCAUGCAACAAGCGUCCAACUAUGGCACGUCUCUGAAGAGAAAGCUCAUUAUCACGUCUGCGUCUCGUCUCAUGCUGGAAUCUUCUGCUCUACGCAGUCUUGGUAGCUCAGAGCGACGGGGUUCAAUUCCUCAAGCCGAUCAAGACUCUUACCAGCCACCUCCACAGGUUGAUCGUGCUAGUUCGCUGAGAUCGGGCCGAAAUCCUCGCGUGGGGACUCAGCGGAACAAUCAGGUUGCCUCAUCUCGAAGGCCAACGAGGGAUUUCCUACCCAAGACAAAUGCCACCCGAACAAACCCAUACGUCGACGAGGAGAUAAACGAUGAUCCUCGUCCUUAUGCGACCAAGAGGGCUCCAUCUAAUCGCAUGAGGGCGCCGAGAGGAGCCCCAGACCCGAUUCCGGGUGGUAGCUCUCGUUCCCAACCUUCUAGCGGAGGUAUCGUCAGUGAUUCCUUGAAUACCUUGUGGGCAGUUGCGUCUUACUUCAAGCCUCAGUCAUAG